CAACAACAACGCCUUCCAUAACUGGUCAAUCCACCAUGGCCUCCAACGCCUCGCAAAACCAAUCAACUGCAUCCUCCGCAUCGGUCUUCACGCCCGUUUCGGCCUCGGUACAACUGUCCUCUGCAACCGCUGCCCAACCUGUUUCGGUAUCAGCUUCAGCCUCUGCCGAUUCUGCGUCAAGUACGUCCGCCGGCUCGGCCACCUCCGCGGAUCCCACGACUGCUUCGGAAACAUCGAGUCCGACUGCAUCGCAGGCGACGGCAGCAGCUACCUCAUCCGCCAUGGCGACUACGUCUACUUCCGUAACGGGAGUCUCGACUUCAUCGUCCUCGAAAGCGUCAGCAUCGGGAGAUGAUGCCUCGACCACCGAAACUACGACCACGGCUACGUCCGCUUCUACCUCCUCUACAUCGACCACUACCAACCAGUCUCCUCCGACUACGACCACGAAUACGACCACGAACCCUCCAGACACGUCUACUGUAACGACCACGACUAAUCCACCCACCACCAGCCCGCCUGUGACUAGUUCUACCACGACCUCUAACCCUCCCAACACUUCCACCACGACCACUGUCGUCACUCAACAAACCACGUCGAAUCCUCCAUCUGCCACGACCGAGGGGACUUCCACCACAACUGUGGCUUCGACGGACGUUGCAACAGUCACUCAAACAAGCACUGCUGUCAGUGAAGAUAGCCAAACCGCUUCGGGAACGGAUGUCUCUACAUUAGUCCAAACCGACAGUUUAGUUACAAAUCUCGUAACGACCACAUUCCAGUCAACGGUGUUUGUCACUACGACGAACGGCGCAGGAUCCACGAUCACCAGCGCCCCUCCGUUUGUCACGGAAACACUGACGAGCACCGGCAGCGAUGGUACCCCGAGCUUUGUGACGAUCGUGGUUGAGAACCCUACGCCCAUCUCCUCGAACAACAACGCCACCCAGGCGUCACAGUUCUUCCGCAACAAAGGUGCGGUGGCUGGAGUCUUCCUCAUCGUCGGUCUGGCUGCGGCGUCGAUCGUGCUCUUCUUCUUCUUCUACGUCCGACGCCGCCGCAGAACACAGCGUCUAGAGCACGACACCGCAGUCGCUUCCACGCUUGCUGCCGCGGGUUUCAAUCGCCGCCCGCUCGACGGUGACGAGGAGGAGCGGAAAAUGCAGAUGACGCCUACGGCCUCGGGCACCCUGGCCACACUCCCGAACCCGAGUUAUGGCUCGGGCGGCCUCAAUGGGCAGCGCCCGCCAUCAAGUGGGAUGGACGACGCUACGAACACGGGCCCUUCGACACCUGGCGCCAACGGAGAGUACGAUCCCUUCGCAGCAUCUGGGACGAUCCAUCCACCGCCUGCGGCCUUCCCUGGGUCACGACGAGACGGGUACGCACCAGCACGGACGAGCAGCCCGCCUCCACCCGCAUGGCAGCAACCUCUGCGGCAGCACACGCAUAGCACUAGCACCAGCACCAGUUCCAUGGGCUGGGGCCACGGUGCGAAAGGCAGCGUGGGGAGUCUUGAGCCGUUGCUAUCUGGCUACUAUCCAGGCGGCACGACGGAGCCGUCUACGCCUGGGGUGACGGACGGAUUUGCCGGCAAUAGUGCGCCCCCGGUACCGCCGAGGGAUCCAAGAAGGGCGAGCGCGGAGGCGGCGCGACCGAAGGGUGGCGCGCUCGAGCGUGCAUCGACCGCAAAUUCGAGUAGUGUAUACUCGAUGGACGAUUUGGACGCGCCUGCAGAGCGCCCCAAGCUAGAGGUUCGCAACCUUCCGGAAGGGGCGACGAUCGGCGACAUUUCAAGAGAACCGUCAAGACGUGGAUGACCGCUACCGUGGGACGAAUGAUUUUCUCUCUCCGUGCUUCUGUACCGUUGGAUCCUCUGCUUUGACGUGCUACACACCCCUUGCAUAGUUACCUACACUCCGCUGCCCGCUUUCCAGGCAUCGCCUCUCAUCUUCCAUCCCUCCCAAGUGGCUUUAGCUUAUUCCCCCUCCUGCAUUGCUCCGCAACCUGUGCCUGAACCCCGGUAUAUCCCCAGCAUAUGACCCAGUUGUAAGACAGUAUCCCAUCCCACGCGCGCUUCCUCUCGCACCCGCGCGCAUGCGCACGACCCUUCCCUCCCACGGACUCUUCUCCCCGCGCACGGGGUGCAGCCGCGGCGGACUGUGUACCUGCUACCACGUACAGCCUGGGGCUCCGAG